AUGGCGGCUAAAGCUGAGCCUAUCGGACCAAGAAACGGUCAUGAGUUGGCGCCGUUGAACACGAGGGCAGAUGGGUCUGAAAGGCCUCACGGAGUAACGAUAGUCCUUCAAGGAUCAAGGAAUUCCUUACAAAGAGACGCUCCGGAUGAGGAUAGAGCUGCCUGGUCCGGAAAACUUCAAUUCUUUUUAUCUAUUAUCGGCUAUUCGGUCGGACUUGGUAAUAUUUGGCGGUUUCCGUAUCUGUGUCAACAAAAUGGCGGAGGUGCAUUUCUCAUUCCAUUUUUCAUAAUGCUCAUACUGGAGGGUAUACCUCUGUUCUUGAUCGAAAUGGCAAUUGGUCAGAAGAUGCGCCUCGGUUCUCUUGGAGUCUGGAAUACUAUUCAUCCCUGGCUAGGAGGGAUCGGGAUAGCCAGCUGCGUUGUGACUCUGUUCGUCGCUCUGUACUACAAUGUCAUAAUUACUUGGGUCUUCUUCUAUCUCUUCAAUAGUAUUCGACUUAGCGCUGACCAGCUACCCUGGGCCCACUGUCCUCGAGACAAUGGAACAGCCGAAGCCGAAUGCACCAAAGCUUCAGCCACCGUGUACUACUGGUACAGGGAGGCUCUUGACGCGUCCCCGAGUAUUGAGGAACCUGGUGUCCCUCGUUGGUGGAUAGUUCUCUAUUUGCUUCUGGCUUGGGUCAUUGUUUUCUUCAUCGUCAUGAAGGGUAUUCAGAGCAGUGGAAAGGUUGUCUACUUCACUUCUCUGUUUCCGUACGUCGUGUUGACUAUAUUCUUCGUUCGCGGCAUAACUCUGCCAGGAUCAGCUGAUGGCAUCAUUCAUAUGUAUAAACCGAAGCUCGCCAAAUUGUUAGACCCGACAGUGUGGCUUGACGCGGCCACUCAAGUGUUCUACUCGUUCGGUCUCGCGUUCGGUUCCCUCAUCGCGUUCGGUUCCUACAACACUCCCAACAACAACUGCGUGAGGGACGUGUUGCUGGUGUCUGUGUGCAACGCCCUCACCGCCAUCUACGCCUCUGUGGUCAUCUUCAGCAUCCUCGGCUUCAAGGCUUACACGAUGGUCGAAAAAUGUAUUACCAAAGAAAUAAAAGUGCUGGCUAUGCAUCAGAUCGGAGGUUUCAUGUUGAAUUCUACUCAAGAAUACUACGAAGAACACUUCCCAGCUCUCAACAGCACGGUCACAUCUGCACUGAAUCUUACUGGAUGUGCUAUGAGCAAGCAACUUGAAGAGGCCGCAGAAGGCACCGGUCUAGCCUUCAUCGUAUUUACUCAAGCGAUCCUCAAACUGACUCCAGCUCCGUUCUGGUCUAUCAUCUUCUUCCUGAUGCUGUUGUCUCUGGGUCUCGGCAGUCAGAUCGGUAUCAUGGAAGGGAUGCUGUGCACCAUAUUCGAUAUUGAUUUCUUCAAAAGAUUCAGCAAGCCGGUUAUUACUGGGUUCGUGUGCACGGUGUGCUUCUUCGUGGGACUGAUCUUCACGACGGGCGCGGGCGAGUACUGGCUCAAGAUGUUCGACUCGUUCGCCGGCACCAUCGGCCUCGUCGUCGUCGCGCUGCUCGAGAUGGUCGCCGUCAUCUACAUCUAUGGGCACGAGAGGUUCACCAACGACAUCUACGAGAUGACGGGCUACCGGCCGGGCUUGUACUGGCAAGUGACGUGGCGCUACGUGGGGCCCUUCAUCGUGUCCUGCAUCCUCAUCUCCUCGCUCAUCUUCAUGUUGCUCAACCCUCCCACCUACGGGGCUUGGAAUGCUGAGGAGGGUCGUGUGGAAAAAACACCGUAUCCGAAUUGGGUGUUGGGUAUCGCAGUGGCCAUGAUCCUGGCAGGUAUCCUCCCCAUACCCGUGGUCUUGCUACUGAGGAGAUUCCAGUGUCUCGCACUGGAUGUUGACAUCCACCAGGGCUCCAUCAGGAGGAUCGAAACCACCGUUUCCACCAAGGAAAUGAUGAGCGACCAGGACUCUUCAGAUUCAGAGCAAAUACCGCGCACGACCGACCGCUACGAAGACUCGAGCAGUAGUGACGAGGAAAUACUUAACGCAAAAUAUUCAACCGGUACCGGAAUAAGAUUAUCAAUGAAACCGAUCGAUCACAAUCCUAAUACAUUCAAAAUGGACGUCGUCGAUUGAUUGUUUGUAUUCAUGACAUGGAUAUUUUUGUAAUUAAAUUUCUUUUAUUUAUAAA